AUAGAUACACUAGGAAGUAAGUUAAACAAAACAGUCAAAAAGAGCAAUUUUUGUCCGAGCAGUAUACCAUCAAUUAAGGCAACAGUGGUUUCCUUGUCCGAGCAGUAUAUCAUCAAUUAAGGCAACAGUGGUUUUCUUGUCCGAGCAGUAUACCAUCAAUUAAGGCAACAGUGUUUUUCUGGUGUUCAAAUCUAAUAAAUCAAUUAAGAAGACAAACCAAGAUCAAGCAUUUUACAUUUGCCAACAUUAAGGACGGAUAUAUGAAGGACUGAUUCAAUUGUUUGCCUUUUGCAGAAAAAAAACAUAUUUUCAAAAAUGACUGCUGAGAAUUUUGAUUGGAAAAAUGCUUUCAGAAAGAAUAGAGUUAAAAUCGUGAAAGGCUUGGCCAACCCUGAUGAAGUUGGAGGUCAUCUUUAUCAAAUGAAAAUUUUUAAUGACGAAAUGUACGACACUGUAAAACAAAUAGAGGAAACUGAAAAGAAAACGAGAAAGAUUUUGGACCUUUUAAACUAUCGAGGAAAGAAAGGUGUAGCCGCUCUUCAUGAAGCUUUUCUGGACAGUAACAACGAGGACCUUGCAAAAGACCUUGCACCUUAUGUUAUGGAAGUUGAAAAAAGAGACAACAAGACGGAACCAUUAAAAUGGCCUCCAAGCAAAUUAGAAAACGAGGAUAUGCUGAAGGAUCAAGUCAUCAAGUUAAAGGAUCCCAAAAGUCCUUGGUGUAUUCACGACUAUGGAAAAGAUCACGCAUACACGAUUCAGAAUGAGUGUCGAGGGAAAGUUUUCAUUAUCAACAAUGUAAAUUUUAAUGGACCAUUGCAAAAUCGAGUUCCUUCUAAUAUUGAUGCAGAGAAUUUGACCAAAUUGUUCAUUGAACUCCAUUUUACUGUGUUGCAAGAAAAUGAUUUAACAGCACAAGGUAUGCAAUCUUUCCUACGCAGUGAGGCUAAACAAUUAGAAAAGGAGGAAAACUGUGCGGAAUGUGUUAUUUUGAUAAUAAUGAGCCACGGCGUGGGGACAAAAGUGUAUGGAGUUGAUUGCUUGCCAGUUGAGAUAAAAGAACUAACAGAUUGUUUUUCAACUGCUAAUUGUGAAAGUCUACAUGGAAAACCAAGGCUUGUUUUUAUUCAGGCCUGCCGUUCUGUUGAAACAGCGUCCAUAAAUAAAACUGUCCACUUAGUAAAGCCUGGUGGGCAGGUUGAGAUCGAAUGUAUUGUUAAGUCUUGCAAAUCAAUACAAAAUGUGUAUUGGGAAUGGGAUAAAAACAAAGUGAAGAAAGAAGAUUUCUACCGUAUAACAGAAUGGAACAGCUCUAAUAAAUAUUGCCUUCAACAGAUGAAAAACGUGAGAAGCCUGUUUGUAAAAAAUGUUUCAGAAAAUGACAAAGGAAAGUAUAGAUGCAUUGUCAAACAUGACGAUGGAUCUUUUUCUGUCAGUAAUUUUACUGACCUGCAGCUAGAUAUAAAAGAUGACAGCAAGAAUGAACUGCCGGAAGAAUUUGAAAAGUUGACAACGAAAGGACGUGAUGAAAUGGAUUCAGUACCUUCAGUUCAAGAAACGCAGGAUGAGAUUUUACCAAAAUGUACAUUCCUUGAUCAUCCAUAUGCAGAUUUCCUAAUUGCAUAUGCAACACCAGAAGGUACUUCAGCCUGGCUUAAUAACGAGGUUGGUUCAUGGUUUAUGAAUGCCAUUGUAUGGACUUUCAAAUACCAUGCGCAUGAAGAGGAAUUACAUCAUUUAUUAAUCAGGGUGAACAGAUUAGUUGGGAAAGGAUGUACAUGGUCGAAUGAUAUGACCGUUGCUGAGGUGAAAUCGAAUCUAAGAAAAAAGUUAUACUUUUUCCCAGGAAUCUAUGGAAACCCACCGGAACUGUUCAAAGAAAAAUAGUCUGAAUAACCAGAGAGUAUUUCGAAGAGUUAUAAGGAUAAUUAUAUUCAUUGUUUUCUUCUUCUUAUUGUAAUAUGUAAUCAUUAUAAUAUUUUUAAGUGUAGGUAUAUUGCAAAUAGUGAUUUUUUUUAUCUUGUUGGGGUUUGCCCACAGUUUAGUUGAAUUCAGUUUCGAAUAAUAAUAACAGGUACCUUAACAGAAAUUCUUAAUCAAUAAUGUAUAUAUUUGAAGAUGUGUUGAUGUUGAUAUAAAAAGUUUUGACGUUGAAAAUGUUAAAAAUAUUUUUAUUAGUAGAUAUUGGAUUUACUGGAAAAUACUAUAGAUAAUAAUGCGAAUGUUAAAAAAGGAAAAUUGCUUAAAAUUUUAAAAAUUUAGAAUUAGUGUUCAUCUGUUAGCUAUUGAGAAAGGUCAAAAUAAAUAAUCGGCAGGUUGAAGAUGAGUUUCAGUUUUUAAUUGAAUGCACUGCAAAGAAAAUGCAUUUUAUUCUUGAGGAAACAUGUAUUUAUGUAAACACUUCCCUUAUAUAUAAGCACGAACACGAAUAUCAGUGUCAAGAUUUAUUAGUACUUGUUUUGAAAUAUGAUACACAUUUCCUUCCAGUGACUAAAUAUGCAUGUUGUAGUGUUGUAAUUAACAUUCUUUAUAUUACAAAGGGUUAAUAUUUUUCUUAAACUGAAUCUUGUACUGGGGAUAGUUAUUAAUUCAUUUAUUUUCAAUGUAAUAUAUCUUAAAAUUACUGUAUAACUAAUGAUAUAAAAUAUAUAUAUAUAUAUAUGAAUAUGCUCGUAAACGGGCCUUUUAGUUGGAUCAAAUAAAGUAUUUAUAUACGUAUUCGUAUUAAGAAAUAGAGAUGCUAGCUACUUGAUUCAACAUUUUAUUUAAAUAUUUUAAAUUUCUAGAAAAUUAGCAAUGAUCUUAAUAUUAUUUUGUACCAAUUCUUUUGAAAUAAGAGACUGACAAACUAAAGCAAACCAGCGUGAAUCGUCAAUAUCACUUGACAUUGGUAAUCCAUUGUCCAAUAUUGAAAUUUGAAUGCAAUGUUGAACGGUUCUCGAUCUAUUUAACAGAAGUAGUUUUUGCCGACUGAUACCCCGUCUGCCGGUCCGUCGUACUACCAAAUAUUGAUCACCGUAUUUUUGUUAAGAAAACCCUGUGAAAAUUUGAAUUUCAUCAUGGCGAUUAGAGUUUUUGACGAUUUUAUGAGUAAACGGUCCAUGACUACUUACCUGUUGAUAUAACCUAGAGGAAUUUUGCUGAAAAAAAUAAAGCAAUAAUUUACGAAUAUGUCAAUAAAUUAAGAUUUCAAUGAUUAUAAUUGCUGUUGUAGACUAUUUUGAGAAGAACAAUAGAAAAUUGUACAUGUUUAAAAAAAAGUAAAAUCACAAAAAUACUGAACUCCGAGGAAAAUUCAAUCGAAAAGUCCCUUAUCACAUGGCAAAAUCAAAUGACAAAACACAUCAAACGAAUGGACAACAACUGUCAUAUUUCUGACUUGGUACAGGCAUUUUCAAAUGUAGAAAAUGGUGGAUUGAACCUGGUUUUAUAGCGCUAAACCUCUCACUUGUACGACAGUCUUAUCAAAUUCCGUUAUAUUUACAACGAUGCGUGAACAAAACAGACAUUAUAAAUAAAAUAGUCAAAAUAUGGGUACAAGUCACAUUUUCACUGCAGGAUUGGUCGAUUGAUUUUUGCGUAAACGCAUAGUGGCAAAUAUCCAAUGUAUUAUAUUCAAGACAAACAUAUAAGACGUCGUCAUCCAAACAUAUUUCUGAAUUUCAUGUCUAAAAGAGAAUACCGAGUUUUAGUUCUGUGCAAUAAACUUCUGAAACAAAUUCUACGGCUCCACCUCGGCCAAUAUUUCUGAGCACUAUUUUAACUACACGUUCGCGUAGACCUUUCGGCAAAGAAGAAUAUCAAAUAAUUAUUGCACAGACCGCAAAACAACUCAAUGAAUAUGUAUGACACAUGACAUUUACAGUACAAUAUAGAAGUAAAAAGUGAUUGACAAUGCAGAGGCAUGAAAAUAUUCUAGUGCGCAAUGCGAAUAUUUUCCACGCCUUUGCAUUGUAAAACACUUACAUUUCAUAAUGUGUACGGUAAAUAUAACUUGUACGUCUAAGCAAUCGUUACAGAAACUAAAAAAAAAUAUAUUAAUGCGUUCGUUCAAACCCAAGUAUUUUUGUGUAAGAAAGCUUGCCCAAAAUCUUAGAUCCAUAGAGAGACAACAUGUCGAAUAUAUACGUACUUGGCGAAUGAUAUCUCCACACCCUACAAGAUGCGAUGAAGACCGAAGAGAAUAACAGACGCAGAAGUAGCGCUUAAAGUCCUAUGCGCUAAACGUUCGAUUACUGAUUUUCACCCUAGUUUCCAGUAAAGUACCAACACUCAUUAAACUUUUAACGGGUAUAAUUGGUUCAUUGCAUACGAACAUAUCUGGUCAAGUAAUUCAUUCCUCAGAAUUUCGCUAUUUGCAGGCGAAAAGGAAAAGCCACUCGAGUCGCUGUAGCGUUCACGUGAUGAUACCAUUUAUUAUUUAGAUUCUUGAAUGGAGGCAAUAGAGAAAUGUCAUCAGCCUGAACAGGUCACUACAACAGUGUUAUAUAAGUAAGCCCCUUAGCUAGCUAUAAAACCAGAUUUAAUUCAACAUUCUCUACAUAAGAAAAUGCCUGUACCAAGUCAGAAAUAUGACAGUUGUUAUCCAUUCGUUUGAUGUGUUUGAGCUUUUGAUUUUGCCAUUUGAUGAGGGACUUUCCGUUUUGAAUUUUUUCCUGGGAGUUUCGGUAUUUUUGUUAUUUUACUUUUUGAUACUAGAUCCAAGUUCGUUUUCCAGCACUACAUUGACGCACACCUCUGUUAAGUUUAAACCAAAUGGAAAGUUUCCCACCAGAUAAAAUAUAACUUUAUAAAAGCAAAAAAUAAUUGACUAACAGCGUUCAACAAAUGAAAUAUAACAAUGACAUAUCGUUGGUCGCUGUCUGUCAUAUUGGUUUUCUUUAUUGUUGUAGUAUAAAUCAGAUGGUAGGUUUUCUUUUUUUAACUACUUCUAACUUUAUCAUCUUCUGAACCUUAGUAGCUAACUAUAAGAUUUGGUUUGCUCCUUGCUGAAUAUCAUACGGUUAUCUUUAAUUUUGCCCUUUUUCUUGUUGUUUCGUUAUACCAUAUCUCCUUAUGUUUAUACUAAUCCUGUUUGUGUCCACGACUCAUUGGUCAGUUUACAAAAUACUCCUGUAAUGAAGUUCAUCAAUCGACAAAUUUAAGACAAUUCAAUAUAAAAUAGAUUACAAUCGGCUUCUCCUUUUCUGUGUUUUUUCUUCGAGUGUCUUACACUUUAAGCGUUUUGCGCAUACGAUGUAAACUAUUUCAGUUUUAAACAUGGAAUGCAGCAACGAAUUCAGUAAAUGCAAAGUGCAUGGUUUAUAUUGAUUUGUCGUUACUGAUAACAUGUGAUGGUUUAAGUUUGUUUUCCUUUUGUUUUCUCGUUUUGUUAAAAAUAAAAGGUCUCAAGAGAAAAUCAACAUGGAAACACAAAAACCAAAUUACAAGCAAGUGCACACUCAAUAGAUAAAAUAUUAUCAGAGAACCUUUGCAGUUCCUGGAAGCUACUUGAAUUUUUUAGAUGCAAAAUAAAUUAUAUUCUUCGAUAGGGUAAUUUGGAUACAUCCUAAAGCUUUUUUAACGAAUUCACUCCAAUAAGAUUUGCUUGAACUUACAACAUUGUUAUGCAAUUCGGUUUUUGACAGCAAAUCUAAAUCAAAUAUAUACAAAAUUUAUUUGGAGUGCAUUACUUUAAGGACACCAUCAACUGUAAUUUAAAAAGAAUAAAAAAUAAAGGAUACCGAAUAAACUGGGAAUUUCAACAAAAAAACCAUCAAUGUACCGAAUUGAAAAAACUGAAAUAAGAAAAUAUUGUCAGACUUUUCCAGUAUCAAACACAUUUUGCCUAAGGUUAGGAAAAGCUGAAUUGCUAAAAAAAAUAAUAGUGACACCAGCGUUCUAUACAAAGUUUUGUUUCUUUUAUUGAAUAAUAAUUGCACGACACUUGUAUUCUUUUUUUACAUAUAUUUAUUCUUGUUUACUAAUGAUACAAUUUUGGAACAAGUAUUAUAAUUUUUAAAGUAUGAAAAUACUUCCAUAUUAUCAAGGUAAUGGGGUAGACGUAACUUACAAAAACUCAAAUACACACUUUUCUGGGUUGACAUUUAAGUGUGUGCAAUAAAUCUAUAAAAAGCGUAAUAUAAAUAAGAACAUGUGGUAUGAGUGCCAAUGAGACAACUCUCCAUCCAAGUCACAAUGUACAAAAAGUUGACAAUUAUAGGUCAAAGUACGGCCUUCAACACGGAGCCUUGGCUCACACCGAACAGCAAGCAUAAGUCUUUAAGGCAUUAAACUAAAAGAAACGGAAUCAUUUACGAUCAAUUUUAAAAAGGCUAUUUAAAAUCGUUUCGUCUUGACAACAGAUCAGCACGAUUUUGUAAUUUAACAUUCGGUUCUAUGGAACGAAAUUAAUUCUCACUCUUUUUAUUCACUCGAUUUCCUGUUGAAGUAGAACAGAGAAAAAUAUUCCAUCAUACUGUGAGUAAGACUUCUAGUAAUGUUGAUUUUGAAAUCGGACAAUCAACUCCCAACGGUAUAUUACAAUGUAAUUAAGUUGAACUUCACUUUGAUUUUACUUUGAUUUCGGAGUAAAAGAAACUGCAAUUGAAAAUAUUUCCUUAAGACAAAAGCAAUCACCUUUCACAUUCCGCUAUAUAGCACUUAUAAACACGUUUCUAUCAGCGCUUUUUUGUAUUUCUAAUAAAACUAGCAAACCAUUAUCGAUAAUCAAGAUUUAAAUGCGAUGUAAAAGGUUUUUGACUUCUGAAUCAGUGCUCUAUGUAAAUUUCGAACUGAGGUAUGUUUGAAACAACCCGUAUUACUUUUAUCUAUUUUGGAACUGAAUGCUUUUAUAUAUGCUAAUCUACCUAACCAGUAUCUUCUCGUAUAUUCUUUGUUUUAUUCAUCAAAAUUAUAUAACUAUCUAUAGAUUGUAACUUUUUGACAAAUUGACUGUAGAUAAAUAUAUCUUUAUUAUGUUG